AUGGCGGUUCUUGUUGAGUUGAUCAACUCUCCUUAUCUGGUUCAGGGUAUUUGUGUGGCACUGGUGGCUAUAUUCAUAUCCACCUUCUGGGGAGAUCUGGCCGAUGAAAUUCCUUAUUUCCGAGUUCCUUUAGUUGGCAAAGAAUGGUGGAAUCUUUCCAAUAAAAAGGCCAAGUCGCGUUUUACUCAGUCCGCCCGCGAGUUGAUUGCAGAGGGGUUUGCAAAGGGCAAAGGUGUCUUCCAGCUUAUGGGGGGUAUUCGCCCAUUGAUCAUUCUGCACCCAAAGUAUAUCGAUGAAAUCAAAAGCCAUCCCUAUCUGUCCUUUGAAGGCGCUACACGACAGAACUUCUUCUCUGCGCGUAUCCCCGGCUUUGAACCAUUCCAUGGCAAUGGCUCAUCCCAAGUGGGCUCGGAUACAGUUCGAAUCAAGUUGACUCAGGCGCUUGGUAGUCUGACAAUUCCUCUAUCUAAGGAAACGGCUUUCACACUAAAAGACAUUUUACCUCCAUCAAACGAAUGGACGUCAUACAACUUCUCGCAGAAAUGCCCCUACAUCGUUGCUCGGGUCUCCACCCUAGUCUUCCUAGGUGAGAAGGCCUGCCGUAACGAAGAUUGGAUCAAUGUUGCCGUAAACUAUACUAUUGAUGCCUUCUUUGCCUCUCGCGAACUGCGUCUUUGGCCGUCUUUCCUGCGUCCCUUCGUGCACCAUUUUAUGUCUAAGAUGAAGAAACUUCGCCAACAUCUUGCUGUUGCUCGAUCCAUCGUGCAAAAAGAAAUUGACAGGCGGCAAAUGAUCCGCGAUGGUACAAUGCCUCCUGAAGAUCCUCCUCGUACUCAUUCGGAUGCUCUCGACUGGUUCAAAGAAGUAUCUGAGGGCCUUGGGGCGAAUUAUGAUAUGACGGGUGGACAAGUCGGGUUAUCUCUCGCAGCUAUUCAUACCACUUCUAACCUUCUUACGAAUAUCAUGUACGACCUUGCUGCGUACCCAGAGUAUAUCCAAGCUCUCCGUGAUGAGAUUGCCGCGGUUAUUGCUGAGGAUGGUACUCUCAAGAAAACGAGUCUGUUGAAGCUCAAACUCAUGGAUAGUGUUAUGAAAGAAUCCCAGCGCACGAACCCUGUUAGCUUAACCUCUUUGAACCGCCUCGCUCUCAAGGAAAUCCCUCUAUCAGACGGCACUGUCAUCCCGAAGGGAGCACUGAUCGCCGUCUCAGCACACGUCAACACUGACGAGAGUAUUUAUCACAAUGCCGACAAGUAUGAUGGCUACCGGUUCCUCAAGAAACGCCAGGAAGCAGGCCAUGAGCAUAGACACCAAUUUGUGACUACCACCACUGAAAGCUUCAACUUUGGCCAUGGUCUACACGCUUGUCCGGGUCGCUUCUUUGCGGCAAAUGAAUCUAAGAUCUUACUUAUUCACUUACUGCUUAAGUAUGACUGGAAACUGAAGGAUCGAGAUGAGCGACCGAAGAACUUCGAGAUUGGAAGUGAGAUCAUUGCUGAUCCCACUGUUGAACUGCUUUUCCGAUCUCGGGAGCCGGGUAUGGAUCUAUCCGGUCUCGGGGAGGUAUCUGCUUAG